AUGUCGACCGGUGCUCGAAUAUGCUUGGUUGGAUCAUUAGUUCUAACAGGAGCAACGGUAUUAACUGUUAAUUAUUAUACUGACAAAGAAAAAAAAAGAAAACGAGCAAAUAUUUUCGCUGACAUAUCUCGUCGAGAUGAACAACAUCGUUUAAAUAUGGAACAAUAUGAAAAACAAUUAAAAAUUCAAGAAAAACUUCUUUUAAGAGACAAAUAA